AUGGUAACUAUACCGAUGCUUGGGUUAGAUAACGUAUAUUCGAUCUAUUGCGUUUACGGUCUUGCAUUAGCGUAUCGAAGAGUCGAUGACACGUCGGGAAGAGCAUUUGAGUUGGAACAUGCUGUCAUCAAAUUGAUGCGUGGGCUUUUAUUUGCCAUGAUGCGUCAAGCACCAAAAGUCGAGAAAUUCAAAAAGACACAAAACAUUUUUGAUGCCCUGCAUGCUAAAUAUGAUACCAAGACAGGCGAAACAGUGGUUGGUGACAGAGAUUGGGGACAUCUUCAGAUUGAUGCUACAAGCUUAUUUAUUGUCGCCUUGGCUGACAUGACAACGAGUGGUCUAAGCGUCAUUUUUACUCAAGACGAAGUUGAUUUUGUUCAAAACUUGGUGUUUUAUAUUGAACGCGCUUAUCGUACCCCAGACUUUGGUAUCUGGGAACGUGGUAACAAGAGCAACCAUGGUCAGCCAGAGCUAAAUUCAUCUUCCAUUGGUAUGGCCUGUGCAGCACUUCGAGCUAUCAAUGGGGUUAAUCUAUUUGGUGCCCGUGGUGGCCCAUCUUCAGUGGUCUAUGUCUUACCUGAUGAAAUGACAAGAAACAAGAUCAAUCUCCAAAGUAUGUUACCCAGAGAAUCGAAUUCCAAAGAAGUAGAUGGCUCAGUCUUGUCCGUCAUCGGCUUUCCUGCAUUUGCUGUCGAUGAUCCUCAGCUUGUCGAGUAUACGAAACACGAUGCCAAAAAGAAGCUAGAAGGUCGAUAUGGCUGGAAGCGAUUUUUGCGAGAUGGUCAUCAGACAGUGGUAGAAGAUCAUACAAGGCUUCAUUAUAAUGAAAGCGAACUGAAAGUCUUCGAGAAUAUCGAGUCUGAAUGGCCAUUGUUCUUUACUUAUAUGGUCUUGGAAGGCCUCUUCUCUGAUAACUUUGAACAAGUAGAAGAAUACCGUAAGAAAUUGGACUUUGUCACCAUUGAUUCGUGUAUGUGGGACCCUGAACAUCCAAUGCCUCCUGAAGACUACAAUAACAGUCAACAAGAGAAGAAAAAGCGCCCGGGUAUGCAUCGUCGCUCAACCAGCAUGUUCAUCCCAUCCGAUCUACAUAUACCUCUGCUUCCUGAACUAUACUAUGUCCCUGCAGAAUCCAUUGAAGCAGAAAAAAAGGACCCUCAUUCGCAAAAGCGUAUUCCAAAUGAGAAUACACCAUUGGUAUGGGCACUUUCGCUUUAUUUGCUUGGUAACUUGAUGUACGAGAAGCUUCUGUCGCCUUCUGAACUGGAUCCCUUGGGCAGGCGAUUCAACAUGAAGGGUGAAAAAGUAGAUAAUGUCGUUCAAAUCGUCCUGUUGUCUGAAAGCGAAGAGCUACAAAGAAUCUUGUCCAACUACGGUCUUGAGACGCAAACGGUCGAACAAAUUUCAUCAAGCUUCACGGUAAUGCCUCCUCAGACGCUUGUUGAUAUCUACAGUGCACUGGGUCAAAACCAAAAACUGGGACUAUCUGGUAGACCCAAUCGUCCAAUCGGCACACUGGCAACAUCUCGCCUUUAUCGUAUCCAGGGCCACAUCUAUGCGUUCACGCCUCAAUUUAUGGAUGUUGACUCGUUCUAUCUCAACUCGGAUCCUGAUUACCUUGUAUCCACCUUUGAAACCGAAUUGAGUUUUACUAAUCAUCAUUGGACUUAUGCAGGCCGACCCACGAUCACUGUCGUCUUGACAAGCGCCAUGUUAGGUGAGCCCACAACAAACGAUCAAGCGGGUCCAACGACGAGUAAUGAAUGCUUAAAUGCCGCCAUCAUCUCUGCUGAUUCUGCCAAGAAGAAUCUACUCAAUUUCUUUAUGAACUUGAGAUCCGGUGAAUGCAAUGGUAUUCGAGUGCGUUUGUCAAGACUGGCAGAGACGCUGAACACGAGUAACAUCGAAUCGCUUGAUUUCCUUGUCAACAAGCCUGAUAUUGACUGGAGCACGAUCCUACUGAACAACAAGAAAUAUCACAAGCACCAUUAUGCUCAGCGUCGCCUGAACGACUCCAAUGCUCACUCAGGCACUCAUACUCCUGGUGGUGCAAGAACUCCUCGACGCAAGAGUGUCUUUGGCGGUAAAUUGUUAGGCACGCCGUUGGACAAGUUGAGUGAUGAAAGCUACUUCCAAGAUGUCGCCGCGGCUCUCGAAAAGAUCAACAAUGGUGGCAUCUCUUCUUUCAAGCUAAAGGAUCACGAAGUUGCUCCCAACGUCCGCUCUGCCUCACCUAUCGUUCAGUCAGACACAAGCACACCGGUUCUCACUUCGUCUCCUUCUUUGUCUAGUAAUCAGAUAUCGGAAGAUACUGGAGGCGAUAUGCUACUCUCCUUGACCCUUGGUGACCCAUCUCAGUUUGAUGCAGCUGUUCAAAGUCUCAAGGAAUCCGUCAAUCUCUAUGACCAGAUCGACUUGCUUCAAUACCUCGCUUCUUGUAAGAACCUUGAUCAUUUUAUCCCGGAUUUGGAUGCAACCAUGCGUAACUUGUUGGAGGAGGUCUAUCUCAAAUCUAGACGCUUACAGUAUUGGUCCGUUGCAAGACAAGCUAGUGGUUUACUUGCCAAAACGAUGCCUACGCUCACCAACAACCUGACUGAUUUAGUCAUUCGACAGAAACAAGUGAGCAUUGGAUCAGGUUCAAAUGAACAAUUGAUCUCGACGCCACUCAAUCCAGAUGCACUUACCAAGAUCAUCAAUGAACAAUGUUCGGAUGACGUCCGUGAAGGACCGAUGGUACAAGAAAUCAUCAUAUCGCUCGGAAACUUCAUUCGUACCAUUCCUCACAUGUUUGACGGCAUUCUUCGAUUACGUACUCACUACAUCAUUAUUGCAUUACGUGAAGAAAUCAGCCGUGUGAACCAUCUGGAUGAAGAGGAAGCUAUUGAACAUCUGAUGCAACUCUCGCCCUUUGAGCUACACUCAUUAUUAGGUUCUGUUCUGUCAAGUCCCGGUAUGUGUAACGAUUCAGCCAUCAUGAUCCGUGAUAGACCUGGUGGCCUCUUGAUUCUCUCCAAAGAUUUUGAUCCUUCCCGUCAACUAAGUAUCGAAGUGUCCUCUCUUACCCUUCCUCCUCCCAAGAAUACCGAACAAGGUGGUACGUCCAUUCUCGUCCGUGCACAAUCUGGUGGAUAUAACGCAGGCAAUUUUGCCCAGCGACGAACUAGCACAAUUUAUUCGAAAGUUACCAUCCGGUCUUAUUGUCGUCAUGGCCAGCAAAGACGACUUUACGGAGCACCUUACGCAACAAAGAAUGAUGGUGCAUUGAAUCGAGUUCCAGCCAAUUUCUUUCCUCGCACAUGGUCUGUGCUUGACCAAUGUCAUGGCUUCAAGAUUGGCAAUCACUGUCUACCAAGAGAUCCCACCGUAUUUGAAAAGACACCUGAAGAAUUUAACUUUGCUUUGGCUGUCGAAGGCUUUUUGGGCUUUUUCAAGGAUCCAGCAGAGCGACAGUUGGCGAUUGAAGUACUCACCUUGAUCUACGACGUUCAACAAACAUCGGACGCUGCUGUUGUCGAGUUCUGGACCAAGUGGGUAUCCCAGAACAAGGAGACAUUCGAAAAGAGUCCAUUUUUCAAACAUGGCCUUGAGUACCCUGCAAACAAAGAUCUUGCACGCCACUUGUUUUAUGACCUUCCCCUGGAUGAUGCUGAAGAAAGCACGUCCGGUUAUCUUUCAAAGAGCAUCCAACAUAUUUUGUUCAAUAAAUAA